AUGGAAGUCGGUGAGUGAUGCAAAUACAGAAAAACUAUUUUCUAUAUUUUUUUCUUUUUCAUAUAAAAGGAGAGGUUGGAAGGUUUGCAUGAUUGCUAUUGAAAAGCUGUUGAAAAGGGUCAUUUUAAAAUAUUGCCAUUAGAUUUACUCCUUUGUUUUUAACUAAUUGAUAUAAGUUCUGGUAUGUCUUGAUGUUGAAAUCUUUUAUUGUUAUCAGGAACUCGGGUACUUUUUCACAAAGAAAUCUCCUGCACUAAUUAUACAUCACAAUUUGUUUCAGAUGCUUUUUUGAAGGAUUAAAUUCAAGAAGUAUAUUUUUGAUUUCACCUGUUGAAAUUUCUGCAUUGAGAAAAGAACAAGCGUGACAGUAAAGACAGAGGAAAGAUUAUUUACAUGCAGCGUAAUCUGAUGGAAAAAGUAGAGUUAUUUGUAGUGUUGUGCACACUCGGAAAUUUAGACAUGAGGCACAUUUUCCGUCCAAAUAAGCAAAAAUAGCAGUCAGAUUCAGAGCGCUGGAAACAUAAAUUAAUGCAUAAAACAAGUUAACAUUCAACAUUCAACUCCCUCAUACUUAUGGGUGAAGCUUGAGAAGUUUGCCUGCUGGAAAAAUACCUUUAAAGAUAAAUAUUAAGAAAGAUUAUGGUUAAAAAAUGCAUAAUGAUCUUCAAAGUCUUGUCCAUUAUUUCAUUCAGAUUAACGAAGGUGAGAAAACAACAUAAAAGCAUAAAUAGAUAAUCUCUCCUCAGAUGAUACGCUCCCUGAGACCGCCAAGAGUGUGAAUUCCCGCUUGUUUUCACGGCAUGUUGCGAUGUUAGGAAAUAAAAUAUUAAAACUAAAAAAAAACCUCACUACACUGGGCAAGGUUUUUUAAGCUGCGGGCUUUGUGACACUUUAAACAUUAGGCUUAACCACUUCUUACAUGUUCUUUGCAUUUGUUUCUACUUGGAUUAAGGUUCAAUAUCUUUUAUCAAUCAUGGUUAGAAACAAUCUCUUUCAACUGAUCAGAAACUGUCUUCAAAAUGUCCAAACCAUCGUUUCACCGAUGUGACCUGCCAAACAGAAAACCUCGGUGAAAAUAAAAAUCUCUAAGCCGCAAAUGACUGAAUUUCAUUCCUCAUGGUCUAACAAAACAUCUUAAAAUAUGAAUUGAAAUAUGACAAAUCUUCUUUAUCUCUGCAGCAUGAUGUUGACUCACAAGACAGGAUCACAAUUUAUUAAAAGAUCUAUUUUUAUCUUCUUUCUGGUAACUUCCACAAAAACAAUCUAGGCAUUUGAUAUUUGGGGGGUUACCGUUUAUUUUAAAACGUUUGUGCUCCCUAAGUAAAUAUUUCAUGUCUUAUUCAUGUCAGUCUGAAUUUGCUUGACUAAAGCCAUCCUCCCCAUUUUUGCUUCCUGCAAUAUUGACUGAAAACCACAUAAAUGUAAACACAAACUGUAGAUCCGGAUAUUGUUCAAUCUUGAAAAUGUUCAUGCUAAGUCAUUUGUGAUCAUUUGUGAGGUGUUGGCAAACAUAAUUUCAGAGUUAAGACUAAGUACAAAGAAACUUAGUAUAUCCGUCAUUGCGCAGCCAUGAAAAAACAGCCGCAUGAAUCUAUAUAAACAUGUUUGACCUUCAGAUUGAACCUGAUAUGUUUAGUUGUUACCAGGUCAUACACCGUUUGAGCUGCUCAACAGUUCAGACUUUUUUAUGUCAUGAGCAUCAAAACUUUUCUAUCGGUGUUGUAUUUUAGACUGUGUGCAGAUAACUAUUUGGGUGGUUCUUCCUCUCUUCAGGGCAGUAAAUACGUCAAACAUGAUUUCCACAAAGAAAGUCGAGUUUUGAUCAGAACACUGACCAGUUUUCCAAAUCAGUCCAUCUUGAAUAAGCUUGAGCCCAGCGAACGUAACCUCAUGUCAAGAGCCUCUUUGUUUUAUACAGUUUAAAAAUGCAUUUGUAAAUACAGGGGGAAAAAGUGUUUACAGAGAUGGUUGUUUUAGAUGAUUUUGAGCACAUGCAGUGACUUUCACUGCGAAGUCAUGUUUUUUUUUUAAUGCAGUGUCGCCUGAGGGCUAAGAAUCACAGCCAUCCAGGGUUGAUUUUUGGCCUUGGCCAGAGAUGUUUCCAGAUUUUCUGGUUCUUUUUAUGGUAUUUGGUGUGAAGCACACAGUACAGGCCAAAAGUUUGGACACACCUUCUCAUUCAAUGUCUUUCUUUAUUUUUUCAUAUGACUAUUUACAUUGUAGAUUAUCACUAAAGGCAUCAAAACUAUGAAUGAACACAUGUAGAAUUUUGUACUUAUAAAAAAAGUGUGAAAUAACCGAAAACAUGUUUUAUAUUCUAGUUUCUUUAAAAUAGCCACCCUUUGCUCUUGAUGACAGAAGUACCUUGUCAGGGUUACUUCAGGCACUCCUGUGAAGUAAAAACCAUUUCAGGUGACUACCCCAUGAAGCUCAUUGAGAGAACAGCUUAAGUUUGCAGCGCUAUCAAAAAAGCAAAGGGUGGCUACUUUGAGAAAUCUAAAAUAUAAUACAUGUUUUCAGUUAUUUCACACUUUUUUCUUAAGCACAUGAUUCCACAUGUGUUCAUUCAUAGUUUUGAGAAUCUACAAUUUAAAUAGUAAUGAAAACAAAGAAAAUGCAUUGAAUGAGAAGGUGUGUCCAAACUUUUGGCCUGAACUGUAUAUUUAAUAUAAAAUGAUCAAUUUCUUCAGUGUCAAUCUGAUCUGUUGACUUGGCAUUACUUUUAAUUAUCAUUGGUUAAAUGAUUUACAAGACAGGUGUUCUUACCAACGCUUGAAACUGUGUCACAGCUUCUUUGGAAACUGAGGCCUUUAAAACAUGUUCUGUAAUCAGGUACAUCUGUACAUGCUGAUCCAAAAAAUGUUUUAAAAACGGAAAGGUUAAGUGUGAGGUCAUGCUGAGGAAACCAAUGUCAAUCUUUGAUUUCCUUAUCUGCUCAUGCCUUUCAGUUAUUUCACAACUUUCCCCUCUGCAGAGUAAAAAUAGCUAAAGAUCGGUGAAUUUUCCAUCCCUGUUCAGCAUGACAUGACCAAGAUUUGAUGAGGUAGUGAUAGGUUCAAUGAAGCUCCACCCCGGCUGCAUUCUCACAACACACACCUUUUUUUUCCAACCGCAUAGCGACAUACAUGAGCCUCACCACAACCUCAGACCCCUCACACUGACAGGAACACAGCUGAAUUUGUACUGAGGCGCAAAAAUGUACUCACUUAUUUCCUGUUUGUAGGCUUAGACUCUGCGCCUCACUCUCUGUUGCCAUUUCAAGCUUGUGUUGCUAAAUGGACAUCAAGCAUGACAUGUGACAGAUUUACACACUGACACACUUAGGCCUCUAACCUACUUUGAAAGUUUCCACAAUGUGAGGUUAUUACAAAACAAUAAUAAAGAGUAUUUUACAAUAAAAAGACACAAACCUUUAGGGAAUAUUACAUUCAAUAAAGUGAAAUUAAAUGACAUAGCUAUUUUUACUUAUUUUAUAUGAAUAAUUUAGAUCACAUUUUAUAUAGUUACCUAUAUCCACUUUGUCCCCUUGUUCUCUUUGUACUCCUUGUUUGAAUAAAAAGUAAUAGAAACUGUCUAAAAAAAUUAUAUUUUCACAUAAUAGUGAGCUUUUUCAAAUCAUUUUUUGUCAUAUUAGAUUAUUAUGUUGACCUGCUAAGUAUGUAAUUUAUUUUUGAAACACUUUUUUAACAUGAUAAAUGUUACAGAUUGAAAUCACAUUCAUUUUUAUUCAUCUGUUUCAAAAAGAAGUUCUGAAAAUUUUUAUUUUCCUCCAAAAAAAAUCUAAAAUCAUUAAGAAUCAUACACCAAUGAGCUUAAUUUAAGGUGGCUUUACAAGAAAAGCUGCUCAAGUUUUAAAUAAAUAAAAUUGUAUGUUAUGAUCAGUCAAGUAAGAGAAUAAAAGAGGGGGUAAUACCAUAGCUUUUAAAAUCUUUUAAAUUGUUUUUUAUGAGAUUGAAGAAAAUGACAACAUCUGUGUGGAGGACAUUUUGUUAAAGAAAAUAGAACCUAAUGUUUUAUAUUGUCUAAAAAAAAUGUGGUUCAGUGAGCAAAGCAUCAUACACUAUAAACCUAUAAAACUGAUGUAUAGUGAACACAUUAAAUAGAUAUGUAAAAAAAGAUAAAACUACAAUAUUUGCUGUAGUAAUUUAGAGGGGAAGCAUAGAAGUAUAUUGUCUGCCCAUGUGGAUGGAUUACAAACGAUUUGAAACUAAUUCUGGCUGGAGGUUUAACAAAAACACACAUACACAGAGAUCUGUUUUGACAUCAGAAAUCACUUCUCUUUUCAAAGUUUCCUCUUGUUGCAUAGAAUCAUUAUGACCAAAUCUUCAUCGUGACUUAAUGUUUGUAAAGAUUUUGGAUUUUCACUUGAUAUUUGUGUUUGCAUACCCAUUUGCAUAUAGCUUUAGUCCAUUGUUUUCUCAAGGUUAAUAAUUUGCUCAGUAUAUUUUGGGUUUUAAUGAUAACAUCAAUUCAAUAAUUUUUUUUUCUGUAUCACAUUGAAAUGUUGUUUUCUCUGUUGUGUGUGGAAUUUUCUCACAUCAUUGACAGGAUGUUUUCUGCUGGGGGGAGUCUUAUCUUAUCACUUUACCAUCAUUCUGUAACUGGUCAUUAUUCCCAUCUUACAGUUGAGGUAAUCAGGAAGAAAAAAAAUACAAGAAAGACUUAAACUCAAAAAUUAAACCCUAAAACAUGCAACCUGUACUUUGUUUGUCCUGCAGAGACUUUCUUCAGAGAUCCCAUCGUUUGUUACGUUCUUGAUGGGGUCCUGGUUUUGUACUGUAUCGUGGCCACAGUGUUAUUCUUCAGAGAAAGGGUGAGUCACAUUAAAACAGACAGCAUGCAGUUUAAAAUGCACCUGCAACAAGUACAAUCUUGUAUCUAUGAAUUGAUCAAAAAUUUUUAUUGUUUUGUCAAUAAACAGUUAAAGACUGGUGAGAAAAUGAACGUUACACCCUAGAGUGUGAGCUUUAUAAUGCUUCCCUGUACAGUUCAUGAUCAAACAUUAAAUUUUUCUGAACCAGUCUCAUUGGAAACAGAGAAAAACAACACAUUUGACACAUUUCUUCACGUCAUGCUCUUCCAGUUAACACAUAAUCCAGUACUCUUUUACUGAAAAGAAAACAAACCAUGAGCUCUACAGGGUUUCUUUCCAUUGAAAAAGGUAAAAGAGGUCACCACAUGCCCGUUAAGAUGCCUCUUCUAUUGGCAAAAACUAAUUGAGGUGCCUACUGAAGUUCCUUUAUCAGUGGAGAAAAUAGUUGUUUUGCCCACUGAAGUCCCUCUUCUCAUAAAAAAAACUGGUUGAGAUGCCCACUGAGGUGUUCAUCCACCACAGAAGCUGAGCCCCCACCACCAUGACUACAAGAUAGGACUAUGAUUCUCAAAUCUAAUACUCAUUUAGAGGUAUAGCUCUUACAUGACAAUUUUUUUUGUUUGUUAACUUUUUUUUUUUUUUUUUAUCUUGGAGUAGUUUUCCUUGCCCCCACCUGUACCUGUUGGAGAGCCUGUAAGUGCCCACAUUAUUUCUUUAAAUAAGCCCUCAUGAUGAACAUAUUUUUCAUAUUUAUAGAUUUACUUAUGUAUGUGAGCAUUUAAAGCUUAUUUUACAUUCAUGUGUUUGUCUUACAAAACAAGCAGGAGGAAAAUGGACGCAUUUACCAGGUAAGGACGACACUACACUACAAAUGUUUUAUUACUCUUGAUCUGCUAGAAGGAUUUUCUUCAUUAUUUUCAUACUUUCUUUGUAGGAACUUGAGAGACCAAGAGACGCGGAUCAGUAUCAGGUGCUUGAACCAUCAAAGAAAAAGGUAAACCGCCAAAAAUUUAAUUAAAGGUAAUCUUUCAAACUACCAUAACACCUCAAUUCUCAAUCUUUUUUUUGUUUGUUUGUUUUCUGCAGAAAAAAACACCAAAGAAAAAGAAACCAAAGGUAACAUAUAAUCACAAUGUGAGGCAUCAUCAUUAUAGCUAUUCAUCACAUUAAAACCAUGGCUAAUUGUAAACUAUGGCCAUCACACAGUACACAUUUGAGUUGUUUUGCUGUUUUUUUGUCCCAGUAAACUCAUCAGUGACCUAUCGUUUAUGAUGAAAACAUAAUUAAAAGACUCUCAUGUCAAAGCACAGACUGAACUUUUUUUUCUCCUUUUACAGCCAAACACAGAUGAGGAGAGGAAUGGAGACCCCAAUGAACCCCCCGCCCCCCGAGGCUCAUCUUCACCUCAGCCUCCACAAUAA